AUGAGUAUUAUUGAUGUUGUGACGAUUAUUUCUCCACGGAAAGAAGUCCAUAGAUAUGAAGAGGGGGAAAAAAUCCAAGCAAAAUUUCGAGGGACAGUUUACAAAGCUGUUAUAAGCAAUAUAAGUGAAGACAGAAAAUACUUGGAAGAUCUGAGAAAAAAUGACACAUUAAAACAUAGAUUCUGUACAAGUGAAGAUAGAGAAGAAGCGUCAGCACCAACUCAUAAAAAUGUUAGGAUUACACCUAAAAAGGUACCUAAGCCAUCCCCUCCCUCAUCAACACCAAAAAAAGCGUCAGCACCAACUUUUCCUCAAAAUGUAAGAGUUUCACCUAAAAAGAGAGAUAAGAUACCCCCUCCCUCAUCAACAUCAAAAAAAGUGCCGACUUCAACUUCUCAUCAAAAUAAGAGGACUGUAACACCAAAAAAGAUACAGAAUCCAUCCUCGUCCUCAUCAACACCAAACAAAGCGCUGACACCAACUUCUCAUCAAAAUAAGAGGACUGUAACACCAAAAAAGAUACAGAAGCCAUCCUCGUCCUCAUCAACACCAAACAAAUUGCCGACACCAACUUCUCAUCAAAAUAAGAGGACUGUAACACCAAAAAAGAUACAGAAGCCAUCUUCGUCCUCAGCAGCACCAAACAAAGCGCUGACACCAACUUCUCAUCAAAAGAAAAGGACUGUAACACCAAAAAAGAUGGAGAAACCAUCCUCGCCCUCAUCAAAAGCAAAUUCAACAACCAGUAGUAGUAGUUCAGUAACCCCACAGGGAAGUCCAAGUCGCUCGGGUCCUCAACACAAUCAAGCCCUGGUGUUGUCAGUUUUGACAGUUUACUAUCAUCUGAUGCGAAUAAUGACUCUGAGGAUUUCACAAGUUUUCAGAGAGACAUGGAACAGUCAAUGAAAAAGAGCAGGGAGAAGAGGAAAUUGGACAGAUUAUCAAACGAGGUUGAAAGCAUGAAGAAAGAAGUAAAGAAAUUGAAAAAAAGAGUGAAGGAAUUGGAAAAAACUACUACCAGUACUAAUGAAACAGAUCAGUUGAGUGAACAAGAUUUGACAAAAAGACAAUUGAGAAAUAACAUACAAGGUAUGUUCAACGCCUCUCAAGCGGUAAGUUUUCUGUUGAAGCACCUAUUUACAGCCGAUGAAAUAAAGAAUUCAUCCUUGUCUGGGAAGAAAACCGUGAAGUGU